AUGCCAUAUUUCACAAGUUAUUUAAGAUUAAAUGACAGAUUAUCUCAGGUUUGGAUAAACACCUAUACACUGAUGCUACUUAUAGUGAUGUUAAAACUUGUUUUUUUUACCAAAUCAAUUAAAGAUUCCAUUAACCUUGCAAAGAAUUAUACCAUGUCACACUGUGAUGACAUCGAUUCUUUAUAUUCCGAUGCACUUAACGGAACUCCGCAUUACUUGGGUAAAAUGGGGAAUUUCCUCAUUGAAAAAACAAUGAUUGAAUCUGUGGAAGCAACAUUGAAAGUGAUUUCGUUGCUUCUUUACGCUAGCGAAGAAUUACUGGCAUUUAUUGUCGAUUUAUAUAUAGGCACAUAUGUUUGCUUGAUAGUCAGCGCUAUCGACGGUACUGUAGAUGUUGCAACAAAUACAACCGAGGCACUAAUUGGAAUGGUCAACUCUUCUGUAAUAAGUCUCUCUAGCGAAUUAGAAGGUGGUUUAACUGAUAUUUCUGAUUUUCUCAAUAAAGUAAUUUCCGCAGCGUCUAAGGUCGAGAGCUUUUUCAAAGAUGAUGACAAUGACAGUAAUAAUGCGUCAGACAAGAUAUCUAAACUGAAUUUAACAAUAUCUUCACUGAGAGAUAUGAAGAUACCUUCUUCUAUAAACAAUAAAUUACAAGAGUUAUCUAAUAAAACACCUGAUUUUGCAGAUGUUAAAAAUAUGACUAAGAAUCUAAUCUCAUUACCUUUUGAAAAGGUAAGGAAUGAAAUUGCAUCGAUUAAUUCCACUGGUAUCGUGGGAGACUCUGAUUUAUUUUACGUACCGCCACUUACCAUGAAUAAUGGCACUACAAGUGGAAUUUGCAGAUCAAACGAGGCACAGAUUGAGAAAAUCUACGACGCUUUUGGCAAAACAUUGCAAACAGUAACGGUAAUACUAAUCGUUUUGAUAAUGGUUGGUGCCCUGGCUGCAAUGGUUCCUAGCGCUUGGAAGGAAUAUAGACAAUGGAAGAAAUUGAGUGCUCUGCGGGAUGAAUAUCUGGAGGUGCACGAGAAGCGCAAUCAUUUAGAUCCAUUCGAUUCCUUUGAAAGUGAGAAGUCUUACGACGUGAUAGCGAGCUACCAUCGAUGUUUCAAUGUGUGGAGUGGGCGCAUCUCAAAUAUCAUCAUGCGCAUGUUCACUUCCAUGUCAAGCGAAGAGCUGAAUAAUAGUACGAAGGUAAAAAUUCAAUGGGUGGUAUCAUAUAUGACCACUGAGCGGGCACUUUUACUAUUAGGAGUAGGAUUUUUGGCAUUAAUGACGUGUAUUUGCCAAUUCAUUAUGAUUGCGGUUUGUCGAUCCUUCUUAAAUAGCAAAGACAUUACUUCAUUGGCUGGUUCAUCGAAUAGCUCUUUCUCGACCUCUUUGCAGAACGAUAUGGUUCAAUGGUCUGGAAACACAAAUCUUUACAUAGGAUCUACAGAAGAUAGAAUGAAUUCUCGAGUGUUCGGAUGGAUCAAUGAAACAACUCUCUCGAUAAAUACAACCGCAAACAAAAUGAUGGACGAGAUCGAUACCACCAUCCAGAACGCUUUCGAAAACACUAUUCUGUACCCUCCUAUGAGUACAAUAGUCAAGUGCACCAUAGGCAAUAAGCUGACUGCCAUCGAGAGCGCAAUGACCUGGAUACACAACAAAGCGCAUUUUAAUCUCCCGCGUAUCGACCCUUUAGAGAUACAGGCGUUGCUGCUGCCAGAACAAAACAGCACGGGCAGCAUGAACAGCACGAGCAGUGUCAACCCUCAGAGUGACAGCGUUGGAAAGACAAAAAAGCCUGCAGUUGCAGUGGCCACUGCAGUGCAAUCUCUGGCAGAAAACAUCCGCACAGGUCUACUCGCUGUACUGGAAAGCUUCUACAAAACAACAAUGUGGGAACUAAUUGUGGCAUUUAUUUUGAUCGCUCUGUGGGUAAUACAACUGCCCAUAGCACUAUCCACAAUUUUCUGCAGAACGCACAGAUCGACGGCUCCAGAUGCAUAG